AAGUGCCUCACAGAGAAGCCAAGGUGUCUCAUUUCUGAAGCUAGACUAGGAGGAGAAAAUGAACAAUUCCUUGGAUUAUUUGGCCUACCCUGUAAUCGUUUCUAAUCACAGGCAAAGCACAACCUUUAGGAAGAAACUGGACUUUGGCCACUACAUAUUGCACAAAAAUAGAGUACAAAUAGUGAAGCCUGCCGUCGAUACCAAACCUCCAAUGGCACACACACAUUACAUUUUAAAAUUGAGCAAAAUCCAGGGUGAACAAAAGAGAAUCGACAAAAUUGAAUAUGAAAAUAGACAAUUGUGUCAGAAAAUUGCGAAUGCCUAUCGAGGCCCUGCCAAGGUGGACUGCUGGAAUGAGUAUCUUUCAAAAAGCUUAAACAGAGAAUCAAGGAACCGAGAGCUAGUAAGAAUCACCAUGGAAAACCAGGGCAUCCUAAGGAGGUUGAGUGAUCGCAAACCCAACUAUGACCGCAGGUCAUCGGAGAUGGACUGGCAGAAUUCAAGGCGGUAUAUCAGAAACACAACAAGAUAUCUUCUCUUCCAAGAAGACUAGGUUACUCACCAUGGAAAAGACACCGAGAAGACCCUAAGAUCUCUUGGCUGCUCAGGAUCUUAAGACAUCGCAGAAAUGGCUGCAUUCUCUGUCUUAGGAUGUCACAAUAAAGCUUGGCACAAAAAAACAGGGCAAGCAAAUGGAA